CUUUGUUCAACAGGUUGCGUUCUCCUUCUGAUAAUGUGUAGCUUGAUAUAUUAUGUAUUAUGUCCUCUUCUGGGCACAUGUUGUUAAGGAGGCCUUUCUGUGACUUCUGCGGGUGUUGCUCCUUGACCUUCUCCCCACGCGCUUUUUGCUAAAAAAUGGCACUACCGGUUUUUGUGGUGGCAUAAUUUCCCGUGUGUCUUCUUCCAUUGGAUCCUGUGUUCCUUUUUCAAUUGUGUGCUAAGAUCGGUGUAGUUCCCCAUUUCUUCUUGGUGCUCUGAAUGUUGCUGUCUGCCAUUUAUACUCCUUAUUCCCUCUGUAAUCCUGGGAAACCUGGAAAAACUUCGAUUUUUUAUAUAUGAGUAAUUCAGUCAUUUUCAACCUUAUCCUUUCAAUUGUGUUAACCAAUCGUUUGCCUUGUCCUGUUCCAAUGCAGACCACACUGAGCAUGUGCAGUGCCACUGGCACACAAAACGUGGCAUAACAGAAGCCAAGAUGGAAACCUCCAGUGGAUAACUUUGAAGGCCUGAUCAUUACUGGUAUAGGGCUGCUGAACCUCUGGAUUGGUACAUACCAGGUGUAAAACAUGGCAGAUUCCUUGCACCUCCUUAAACCCGUUGCCUCUGAGCAUGGUUCACAUGGGAAUGGUGGCUCUACAAAUAAUGAAAACCUCCCAUUAUUACUUCACCGAACCCUAAAUGAAAAUGAGAAAGGCACAGGCCCCAGUGGGUCCCCAAAUCUGCAUAAACGAUCAAUACCCAUGGACUCUAUAAUGGAAGAACGUGUAAUAGUACCCAUGGAUAAAGUUUUUGUGAAAGUACCCUCUCACAUUACAGAGCCCGACGCCCCAUAUCCGGACCUCCCUCCAGGCAUUAAAAUGUUUGAUAGGAAACUCCUCUUUAAUAUUGUCUCAAGAGGCAGUGCAGCAGAGCUGGAGGGACUCCUGCCUUUCUUGAUGUAUGAGGAUAGGCUGCUGACUGAUGAAGAAUUUCUAGAAGAGACAACAGGGAAAACAUGUUUGUCCAAAGCUCUAAUGAACCUUACAGAUGGCAAAAAUGACACCAUCCCAAUUCUUAUCAACAUUGCUGAAGAAACUGAUGAUCUGGAGGAAUUUAUCAAUUUACCAUUCAUAGAUGAGGAUUAUUAUGGCCAAACCGCUCUGCACAUAGCCAUUGAGAGGCGCUGUAAGCAUUAUGUUGAGUUGCUGGUACAGAAUGGGGCUGAUGUUCAUGCUCAGGCCAAAGGGCAUUUCUUUCAACCCAAGGAUGAAGGAGGAUACUUCUACUUUGGUGAACUUCCCCUGUCCCUUGCUGCUUGCACCAACCAGCCUGAGAUAGUCAAGUAUUUGACAGAGAAUUCUCAUAAUAAGGCAGAUUUAUGUCGUCAGGAUUCCCGUGGUAAUACAGUUCUGCACGCCUUGGUCACCAUAGCAGACAAUUCACCGGAAAACACCAAAUUUGUCACCGAGAUGUAUGAUCUUUUGAUUAUUAAAUAUGCAAAGUUGUGCGCUAAACGUGCUAUACCCAACAACAACAGCAUGCCGUCUCUCAUGACAGCAGCCAACCCGGAAAAAAUAGAGGAGAAGCAAGAAGUCGAGAGCUUGGAAGCCAUUCUCAACAAAGAAGACAUGACACCUCUCAUGAUGGCAGCCAAACUGGGAAAUAUUGGGGUAUUCCAGCACAUCAUCCAACUUGAAAUGAAAGAUGAAGAAGCUCGACACCUCUCACGGAAGUUCCGGGAUUGGAAAUAUGGCCCUGUGUAUUCUUCACUUUAUGACUUGUCCAUGUUGGAUUCAGUACUGAAAAUCUUGGUUUACAAGAGUACAGCUAAGAACCGCCAUGAGAUGCUGGCAGUGGAGCCCAUUAACGAAUUAUUAAAUGACAAGUGGAAGAAGUUUGGUGCUGUUUCUUUCUACCUCAGUUUCAUUGCCUACCUCAUUAUGAUGAUCAUCUUCACAUUAAUUGCCUAUUACCGACCCAUGAAAGGCACGCCCCCUUACCCUUACAGAACAACAACGGAUCGCUUGAGGCUUGUAGGAGAGAUCAUUAUUCUGCUGACUGGGAUAGCCUUCUUCAUUGGCAAUACAAAAGAUCUUUAUAUGAGGAAGUACCCUGGAGUAAACGCUCUAUUUACUGACGGAUGCUUUCAGCUGCUUUACUUUAUCUACUCUGUGCUGCUCCUUCUCACAGCGAUUCUGUACCUUGCUGGUAUUGAAGCUUACCUGGCCGUUAUGGUGAUUGCCUUGGUCUUGGGGUGGAUUAAUGCCUUAUACUUUACAAGAGGCUUGAAGCUCACUGGGAUGUACAGCGUUAUGCUUCAGAAGAUCUUGUUUAAAGAUUUAUUUCGCUUCCUGCUGGUGUACCUGCUCUUCAUGGUUGGAUUUGCAUCAGCUUUGGUAUCCUUGCUGUAUCCCUGCACUGAGGACGAGAUAUGCAAUGUUGGACAAGAAAACUGUACUGUCUCAGAAAAUCCUUCCUGCCAACACAGCACCACAUUCAGUAUAUUACUGCUAGACCUUUUUACAUUGGCCAUUGGAAUGGGAGACCUGGAGAUGCUCAGCCAUGCCAAGUACCCUGCAGUCUUCAUCAUUCUGUUGGUGACAUACCUCAUCAUCACCUUUAUUCUCCUCCUUAACAUGUUAAUCGCUUUAAUGGGAGAGACCGUUGGGGAGGUGUCCAAGGAAAGCAAGCAGAUCUGGCAACUGCAGUGGGCUAUCACAAUCCUAGAUAUAGAGAGGUAUCUUCCAGCCUUUAUAAAGAAAUCCUUCCGCUCUGGAGAAAUGGUAACUAUUGGAAAGAAACCGAAUGGGGACCAAGAUGAACGCUGGUGUUUUAGGGUUGAUGAGGUGAACUGGUCCCACUGGAAACAGGAUAUUGCCAUUAUUAAUGAGGAUCCUGGAAGGAGCAACUUGCAGAAAGAUCAGCCAGUGUUGGGGGAGCCUAAAUCUGACCAACCUUCAGAAGAUGCCAAGGCACUUCUGGAAAAAGACCCACAAGACCUGACUCGUACCCAGAGAAGGAGAUUGCUCAGGGCUGGCAGGAAUGCCAAACACAAAGCUAAAAAAAUAAAUGAAUUUCUAUUCUCAGAGUUAAUCCACAUGGGGGAACCAGACAAAAAUAAAAAAUAAUCUACCAACUGUGGGUACCAGCACCAACAUGCAAUAGAUCAUAGAUUCUGUGCUCUGAGCUGCUAUACAGAUUAAACACUGUGCUUGACUCGAGAUCCCUAUAGGCAAAGAGAAGAGCAGCGUCGAUAUUGGUUUCUGGUGACCCAUUUGUCCAAUGAGCCAAUGACCACAAUGUCCAGGUAACAAAGAUGGCUGCCAUUGCUCCCUCUUUAUCUCUAACCACCGAAUCACUCUAAUCACCCUCAAACUUCCCAUGCAUAUUGCAUUCAUUGGAGCUUUCUGUAAACUCAAAAGUACCCAAUAGCAGUAUUUUUGCUUUUUGCACAUAGACAAAAAUUAGUUUUUUACCAUAAAAAGUUAUUUGAUUAGUGCUCUACACUUGUAAGUGUGGGCUUCUGUGCACAGGUUUUACUGUGCACUAAAGUGUUUUUAUUGCUUUGAGUGAUUUUCAUUGAAAUUUUAAUGACUGUAUAUGUAAUGUUUUUUUGCUGCAUGUCCGUGACUGAUCUCACCAAUAUAAGGCUCAUUGUGCAGUUAAGGGGAUUAGGGAUUUUGAUUUCUGAUCUCGCUAUACCUUUUUUUAUUGUUUUGAAAUAUAUUUAAUUCUGCAUUAGUAGUACUGACCAGUGGUGUACUGUAAACAUAGGAGCCCGGUGUGCACUCAACCACUCUCCCACCCCCUGCCGCACCACCGCACCCAGCAAUUGAGGCAAAGAUUGAAUCGCCCGCUGGGUUGGGGGAGCUGCCAUACAGUAGACCAUAGCUAAAAAGGUGAAGUUGUGCUCCCCACUAAAUUUUAAACCAGGUGUGACCACAAAAUUCCUCUACAGUCA